AACACCGCACAAGCGAGCAGUUUGUGUUGCGCCUCUCUGGCCGUGGCCCGCUACAGGGAUGGGCUCCCCAAACCCCUGGCUCAGCAACGGCACUUGCUACUACGCUGCCGGGAAGCAAGCCGACAAUUCUUUCAUUCCCUGCGGUAAUGAUGCCAUUGGCCACAAAAGUUGCUGCACUGCUGGCGAUGUGUGUCUGAGCCAGAAUGCCUGCUACGACGCGGCCUUUGGCCUGACCUAUCUCGCCGGCUGCAGCGAUCCCGAGUACAAAGACGAUAUCUGCCCAAGCAAGAAUUCAUACACAGACAGCCCAUGGGUCGGUCUCGUGUACUGUACUCCCAAUCGCUGGAUGGCUUGUGCCGAGAAGGGCAAGCCAAGCAAGAUCAGGUUUCCGGACAGCUGCACGUGUCCGCCUACAGUCACCGCAGCGUUCACAGCUGCGGGAAAACUCUUUGACAUGGCCAGGCUCCCCGGUAGCUUGGGUGGAAGCAUUGAAUGGUCUUCUGAUUAUCUCCCGCCCACUUCAUCUACGUCCAGCUCUACUCAGUCGACAAGCCUAGGUGACAGCUCGGAUGUUCCUUCAUCAUCGCCGACAGCACAGGCGACACCCACCACAGCACCCAUGGCAACACCCACGGCAGCACCCACAACAACACUCACGGCAGCAUUAACGGCAUCAUUAACGGCAACAUCAACCGCGACAUUGUCUUCGACCUCCACUUUGGCCAAUCCGACAAUUUCGGUAAAUAGCAACGCCGACUCCGGGCUCGGCGCUGGCGCAAAGGUGGGAAUAGGAGUCGGCGCAACGAUUGGCGGUCUGUUAUUUCUGGGUGCACUUUCAGCAUUAUGGAUGCUCUACCGCCGAAAACGUAAGGACUUGCCCGAAGAGCAAUGGACUGGGCCUGUAGGCGAUCCGAAAUCCGGGUCAAUGGGGCCAGGGGAAAUGCCAAUGCCCACACUCCCCGUAUUACCGCCAGAGAUGAGGUCCGACCAGACAGCAAGGCCACCCUCGGAGCUGCAUGGCAACAAUGCAGCCACGUACAUGUCCAGGAACUCGCCUGGCUACCCCCCGACGAAUUCUCCUGGUUAUCCUCCGACAAACUCUCCUGGUUAUCCCCAACCGAACUCGCCUGGAUAUCCCCCCACGAACUCACCAGGCUAUCAUCUGCCAAACUCUCCUGGCUAUACCUCGGCAAAUUCGCCUGGCUAUCCCCCUACGGUACCAGAGGAGCUAUGGCAUGAUCAGAGGGCAACUGAGAGAGGACGGCAUUAUGUGCCGCCGUAUGCUUCUAAUUCGCCGUAUGCUGACCAUGCUAGGGAGUUGCCAAGCUGAUUUGAGAGCAGAUUUGUGAACAGCAUGACCUGUUAGGAAUGGGGAAUGAGAUCAUUAUGAACGAUAGUUGAUCUUUCAUAUCUUAGCAAUAGUGACGGGACAGAGCUCGGGUUUGAGUUGAAACAUACAGGGGCGCAGUCAUAUCCUGAAAUAGCGAGGAAAUCGGACAUGUCCCGUAAUGGGCACUUGUUUUGCUUUCUCCAUAAGACAGGGUAGACAGAAUACACAUCUUUGAUUCUGCAUCAUGAUGCCGAUUGCAGCAAUUUUUGGGGGGAUUGCGUUGACACUCGCACGAC